AUGCAGAAUGCAUGCGUCAAGCACAUCCACAAGAGUCUUCCAAAAACACGAUUCGCCGUCGACUUUGCUCCCGUCCCUGGCACGGAGGAUCUGUACAUGAGGCUGGUCGUGCAUCCGUAUACAAAGUGGGAGGAUCUGAUCGCAUUUGUGUUGCAUGUUAGUGAUGAGGGCAAACGAUUUCUGGGCGAGAAAGGUGUUCCCAACUCGUUCAACUAA